CUGAACUCUCGCGAGAAUUCCUCGGUGUUGCCGAGCAGCUGAUGCGUGCGCAGUUGUCUCAGCGACGGCUUGCUAACAUCUCAGAACAACAUUGAGUGUUUGUUUUUUUCUCCCAAAUAUAUAUUUUAGGAGAAAAUAAUGGCUGAGACGGAUCCCAAGUCCGUGCAGGACCUUACGAACGUGGUCCAAACUUUGCUGCAGCAGAUGCAAGACAAGUUCCAGACCAUGUCAGACCAGAUCAUCGGGAGGAUUGAUGAGAUGAGCACACGGAUUGAUGACUUGGAGAAGAAUAUUGCUGACCUGAUGACGCAGGCAGGCGUCGAGGAAAACGAGGCAAACCCUGAAAAGCCGAAAGAGGGUCAAGGUUCCUCAUGAAGAUUCUAAGAGACAGUCGCACACAACGCACUGCCGCCGUGGAAUUCUAAUCCUGAAGAUGGAAUUGGUUUGAUGUUUUUGUGUAAUUUCUUUUUAUAUAUAUAUAUAUUGACUGUUGUGACAGAUGGUUAUGUAUUGAUUGGGAGGGAACACAAGCUGAACGUUAUUUGUAAAGUAGAAUAGUGUGGUUUGCUCAUUAGAAUUGUAGAAAGUGUUUGUGCACUGACCAGGGUGUUCUAUAAUCAUUGCAAGUUCUUGUGAAGUGCUGCUUGAUCCAUACAGAACAAUACUGUUCAUGAGGUGAGAUGCAUUCCAACCCGACAGAUUUUCUUCUAUUAAAGAUAUUUAAUAAAAUGCAUAUUAGUUUGAAAUUGGUGUAAAGGCAUAUUUUGUAUCCAACUAUGAGGUGCCUUUCAAACUAUUUUUCAAUGCAAGGUAAAAUCUCAUGUUGACUUUGUACACUGUUAGUGAUUGAUCCAAAUAAACGGUGUUUACAACUGAA